AAACGUAGGAGGCCAUUUUGAGUAACUGCUGUUGGUGUACUUCACAACACCACCGCUGUUUUCAAGUUUGCAGGUAUUUCAAAGCGCUUUAAUGUCUCGUUUUAAAAGAGGAGCACAUGUGGACUCUCGAGCAGGAUUUAGACAGGAGAAGGAAGACUGUCCUGUCCCAUAUGGAUUAUUAAAAUCUGCUAGAAAGAGUGGACAGCUCAAUUUAUCCGGGCGCGGUCUCACUGAAGUUCCUAAGAGUGUGUGGAGGUUGAACUUAGACACACCUGAAGAAGCCCAGCAGAACUUGUCUUUUGGAGCCGCAGAUCGCUGGUGGGAGCAGACAGAUUUAACCAAACUUCUGUUGUCCUCCAACAAACUUCAAAGCCUCUCUGAUGACGUCAAACUGCUCUCUGCACUGGUUGUCCUGGAUAUACAUGACAAUCAACUAAGCUCACUACCAGAAUCCAUUGGAGAACUAGAGCAACUGCAGAAGCUCAUACUGAGUCAUAAUAAACUGACAGAUUUGCCCGCCGGUCUCUGGAGACUUACGAAUCUACGAUGUCUCCAUCUGCAGCAGAACCAGAUGGAACGGCUUCCACAGGAUUUAGGGCAGCUGAUUCAUUUAGAUGACUUUGAUGUCUCCAACAAUCAAUUAACGGAUAUUCCGGAAAGCCUUUCAAAACUGACCAAUCUUGUCAAACUGAAUUUGUCCUGCAAUAGGCUGAAAAGUCUCCCUCCUGCAAUCAGUCAAAUGAAAAACAUAAGAAUGUUGGACUGCUCCCGAAAUCAGCUGGAAAGCGUCCCUCCCGUUCUGGCUCAGAUGGAGUCUCUCGAACAGCUGUACCUGAGACACAACAAGUUACGCCUUCUUCCAGAACUGCCUUGCUGUAAAACCCUCAAGGAACUGCAUUGUGGGAACAACCAGAUUGAGGUACUGGAGCCGGACCAUUUGAAGCACUUGAGUGCUUUAAGUUUCUUGGAGCUCAGAGAUAACAAGGUGAAGAGACUACCUGAAGAAAUAACUCUACUGGAAGGCCUGGAGCGGCUGGAUCUUACUAACAAUGAUGUCAGCAGCCUGCCUAGUGGACUUGGCACAUUACCCAAGCUUAAGUCAUUGUCUUUGGAGGGCAAUCCACUGAGGGCCAUCCGCAGAGACCUUCUGACUAAAGGCACUGGUGAACUACUAAAAUAUCUAAGGAGUCGAGUACAAGAGCAACCUGAUGGGGACUUCAAAGAAGAGCCAAAAACAGCAAUGACUCUACCAAGCCAGGCUAAGAUCAAUGUACAUGCCAUCAAAACACUGAAAACACUGGAUUACAGUGAAAAACAUGAGGCAUCAAUUCCCGAUGAGGUGUUUAAUGCAGUCGGUGACAGUGCUGUGACCAAUGUGAAUUUCAGCAAAAAUCAGCUAACCUCAGUUCCACAAAGAAUAACAGAGUUAAAGGACACUCUUGCUGACAUUAACCUUGGGUUUAACAAGCUAACAACUAUUCCAGUGGAAUUUUCAAAACUGCAGCUGCUGGUACAUAUAGAUCUCAGGAACAAUCUACUGAUCUCAUUGCCCAUGGAGCUGGAAGCACUAACUAAACUGCGCAGUAUUAUUUUAUCUUUUAAUAAGUUCAAGUCUUUCCCAGAGGUGUUGUACCACAUCUCAUCUCUCGAGACCAUUUUAAUGUGUAACAAUCAAGUUGGAGGUAUCGAUCCUGUUCGACUGAAGAUCCUAAAUAGGCUGUCCACCCUAGAUUUGUCCAACAAUGACAUUAUGCAAGUGCCACCAGAACUUGGCAACUGUAUCAGUCUGAGAGCUCUAAUGCUUGAUGGGAAUCCUUUCCGUAAUCCAAGAGCUGCGGUCUUAAGUAAAGGAACGGAUGCUGUACUUGAGUAUCUCAGAAGUCGAAUUCCAGCGUAAUCUUCUCUUCAAUGUAAAUUCAAUCAUCACCAUUGCACAACAAUCAAUUCUUGUGCCAUAACAAUUACUACCAAAUCAAAUACUUCUUGUGUGCUACAUCUCAGUAGAAAUUGUAUGAUUUACAUUUCAAACACUGACCAAAACAAUUUACGUUUACAGUCAUCUCCUGCCACUCUUGUCUUAACAUUUGAAUAAGAUAAAAGAAUUUUCUAAUGAAAUCUUUUACAGAUAAACCAUCUGCGUGUUUGUACUGAAACUGACAUACCAACCAAAUAAAUAAAUA